AUGCCUAUCGAUUUCAGCCUCAGUCCCACCGAAGCGCAAGUCCGGAAGGUUGCUACUAAAUUUGCCCAUCAUGUGCUCCGGCCUGCGCAUGCUGAAUACAUGGUGCAUGUGGAACAGCACAAGCGAUUCCAAGCUACUCAGUCAGUUUACACAGCAGCAGUGCAGGGUGGUAUGAUCAAGGGUCAGAUUUCGACCUCUCUGAGUGGUACCAGCGGAUCACUGGUUGAGGCUGCCAUCAUGGUCGAAGAAUGCUACGCGGUCGAACCGAGUGCUUCCCUCACCAUAUUUGCGACUGGUUUAGGUCUUACCCCUCUGAACCUCACACAGAAGCCGGAACAUCGCGAGUUUCUGGGGCCAUUCCUCAACAGCCACGGAGCGCCCCUCGCUUCACUUGUGUUCAGUGAGCCGGGUGGAGUAGCAAACUACCUGGAAAAGGGCGCCCCAGGGCUUAACACAACGGCUUACCGUGAUGGGGAUGAGUGGAUCAUCAACGGGGAGAAGAUUUGGGCGACAAACAGCGCCGGUUGGGAUUUCAAAGGCGCCGAUCUAGCCUGUGUGGUCUGCCGCGAUGUGUCCUCCACGCCUAAACCGGACGCCAACCCAGAAGACAGUGUCAUGAUCAUCUUGGUCACCCGUGCGGACCUGGAGCGCAGUGGCGAGGGAAGUUUCCAGGUUCUGCGCCAUGUUUCGACGCCUGGGCACACCUCUACUUCCGGGCCUCAUAUUCGAUACACCAAUGUCCGCGUGCCAGAAAAGAACGUUCUGUGCCCCCCUGGAGAAGGUGCAGCAAUUGCAUCGGGCUCCUUCGAUUGCAGUGCAGUGCUUGUUGGUGCUAUGGCCGUGGGACUGAUGCGCGCCGCUUUUGACGCUGCUCUCUCCUUCGCCAAAGAGGACUGCCGGGGAGGCAAGGUCCCUCUGUUGGAACGGCAAGCUGUUGCUGAUCUACUCUCCAGUAUCAAGAUGCAGACAGAGGCAUGCCGAGCGUUAACGUGGAAAGCAGCUCAUGCGCUAGAAAAUGGGCCUGGCGAUUACAGCGCCCGCCGUGAGUUGGCGCUAGCAGCUAAGGUGUAUUGCAGUGAUGCCGCUGUCAAGGCUGUGACGGAAGCCAUCAGCGCAGUUGGAGUGAACGCCUAUGACACAAAGCAGCCUUUCGCAGAGCUUCUUAACAGCGCUAUAGUUCUUCCUAUUUUUGACGGGGGCAACGUGGGUAUUCGACGACGGCACAUGCAGCAGCUAUUGCUGUCUCCAGGCUACGAUGCUUGGGCAUCGACGUACGGCCCCAGUUAG